AUGCAGGCCAUCAGGUGUGUGGUGGUGACAGACGAAGCUGUAGGUAAAAACUGCCUACUCACCAGUUAUACAACCAAUGCAUUUCCUGGAGAAUAUAUCCCUACUGUCUUUGACAACUAUUCUGCCAGUGUUAUGGUAGGUGGAAAACCAGUUAAUCUGGGUUUAUGGGAUACAGCUGGACAAGAAGAUUGUGACAGAUUGCCUCCCCUUUCCUAUCCACAAAGAUCCCCAAAUGUUUUCCUAAUCUGCUUUUCCCGCUUGAGUCCUGCAUCAUUUGAAAAUGUUUGUGCAAAGUGGUAUCCAGAAGUGCGACACCACUGUCCCAACACUCCCAUCAUUGUUGUGGGAACAAAGCUUGAUCUUAGGGAUGAUAAAGACAGGAUGGAGAAACUGAAAGAGAAGCUGACUCCCAUCACCUACCCUCAGGGGCUAGCCAUGGCCAAGGAGAUCGAUGCUGUAAAAUACCUGGAGUGCUCAGCGCUCACACAGCGAGGCCUCAAGAUAGCUGCUUUAGCGUGGUACCUACAUCGCUAUCUUAACUGUAAGUCCUCCCCCUUUUGA